UAAAUGCAGUUAUACCAUUAGUUCGACUGACAUUUCUAAUGGUACUAUGCAGGCAAAGAAGGACAUAGCAUGGGGAAAACGUAAUCAUGUAGUUUUAGAUGUUGGUUGUGGAGUCGCUAGCUUUGGAAUACCUGCUAUAUCAGCUGUUAUGGGUACCAAAAGGCUCCCAUUUCCCGGCAGGGUCUUUGAUGUUGUUCAUUGUGCACGCUGUGGUAAAAUUUUGCUGGAACUGGACAGACUGUUGCGUCCUGGCGGUUACUUCGUGUGGUCUGCUACUCCUAUAUACCAGAAGCUGCCCGAAGAUGCUGAGAUAUGGGAAGCAAUGUCUGCUUUAACAAGGUCAAUGUGCUGGAAAAUGGUCAACAAAGUAAAGGAUUAUCGGACCCCUUCUUUGGAGUCACCUCGUAUAGCUCAUACCAGUCUCUGGAUCAGUAGCUGUUACGCACGAAUUUCAACAGAAGUAGACAUCACAGACAUACAUCGAUUAAAUACGAUAAUAAAGUACAACACAGAGUUUAUUACAACAGAGGCUUGAAUGCAUAAAUUAACAACCCUCACAGUACAACGGAAACAUGCAAAAACGACCCAUGCCCUACAGGCAGCUUGAGUGCAGAUGAAAUCAGCUUCUCUAAUCUUCAUCUUCUCCUUCGACGAAGUCGGUUUCUGGAUCAUCUGGGUCCACAACUAGCAAGUAUGAGUACAUAAGGAACUCAGCAAGUCCUACCUCAAGGGGGGAUAUUAGAUGCUUAUGGGUAGAUAAAGGAUAAGACUGUAGAGUCUUUUAGGUUUUACGGAAAGCUAGUUUUGUUGAUGCAAGUUUCAUUUUGCAAAGAUUAACUUUAAUAAAAAUAUUUUCGAAAAGAACACGUAAGUUGAGCUUAUGGGGGUUGAUGAUCCUGGAGGAGAUACUUCCAUCCCACCAGUUUCCACAAAUCUUUUGCCGGCGGACACACAGUCCAGGAGACUUAGGGCACAAAACCAAAACCCUUCUUUUCGAAAACACGAGCACACAGUCCACUCACACACCAAGGAGAUACUCACGCCGAAAAACUAAUCAUUGUGACCAAACCAUAACAUGUCCUUGACCGAGGACACGGCUAUCCGGAUAGGUUUAACACUCUGCAGAGAUUGUACAUUUUACCCACAAGAUAUGCACAAGAUCCCACCUUAGCAAAUGGUAGAGCUGCCAUAACAAGAUGCAACGACCUCACAACGUAGUCACAAUAUCCACCCAUAGGGCACUAAGAUACCAGGGGCCUUAGAAGAUCCACGGGAAGGACCACUUAGCAAUCCCAAGGCUUUGACAUAGCCUUAACAAUAUCACCAGUCAGACAUUGGGCUACGCACCCAAGUCUUCUCCUGGUCCCCAUUACCACUACCGGCCUCCGGGUGGGUACCGAACUAAGUCAGAGUGAUUAGGUCAAGUUCUGCCCAUUCAGGUUAUAUGGUUGUACGAGUGGAUACUAGGUGAGAUGUCACUGCGAACCGCUCCUUAUACGACCGAGGCAAGAGUCUCCCAGCAAGAACACCACAAAGGUGAACCUUGCUCCAAGGUAGUUCCCACCGUUGUGGGGUACCUUACUCACCCUCGUCAACACUACUCUAGAGCUUUCCCAAGAACACAAGUUUUACACGCACACGAACCAAACACACAUCACUUCACAUUUUUGAAAAACAUGCUUAACGUAUGUAAAUAAUCUAGCUCUUUCUUUUGAGCAAAGCAAUCCUAAGCAUGCUAGUAAACAAAUAUUCAUCCAAAUAAUCAUUAUAGUUGAUGCUGGAAAACUUCUAGAGUUUCAAUGGAAUAAAGGUAACAAUGACAAGACAUAGCAUAAACAAGCUAGGUCAUAACUAUUCUAACAUUUCUUUAAAAUCACAACUAUUAAUUAAAUCAUGCACACUCCUAUUGUUUGAAACAACGGUGAUCAAUAUGAUCAACGAUUGUAGAACUUGCCUUCGUUGAAGUCCUCGUUUGCUCCUUCUUCAAACUCCGGGUCCUUGGGGUCUUCCUCGAAUGCUCAUUCCUCUAAUAAUCGCAACAACAACAAGGCGCACACGAUCAAUCAAAUGGUUAAAAUAAUGACUAAACAAUUUACAAAAAUUAUGAAAUUGAUAUGAUUGGGUAGAUCUCGAAUUUAGAUGAAUAUCGGUGGAAGAAUCGUUGAAAACAGAGUUAGGACGGAGGAAAAAUGGGCUUCGAAAGUUUUACCGGGAGAGAAAUUCAUAAAAAAGAAAAGGAGAGAAUAUUCCCGAAAUAUUCUGUUGAGUCGGCUCGGCUCUGGGGACGCCUCAGCUCAGGCCUCGGCUCGACUCGGCUUGGUUUUUUUUGCGAUGACUCUAUUUUGGGCUUGGGCUCAGGCUCGGCUGCGACGGCUUGGGGGCCCACUUGCCAGUCGUGGAGAGAGGGA